GCUGCCGUUCGACCUCGCCCGCUUCACCCAGGCUGCGGAGCAGGCAAUACAGGACCAGCUGAGCCACCUCGUGGACAUCCACGUCCAGCUGAGCCCCAAGACGGCGCCGAUUUAUGGCAACCAUCCGUCUGUGAAGGUGGAUAAAGUCGAAUUCAGUGACCACCGCAACGACCUUGAGGACUCGCCGUCCUUCAAGGGAUUGGUCACCAUGUAUCACCUGUACACCGUGGAGGUGGCGUGCCGCGGGCUGCCCCAUUCCGACUUCGCCAGCAUAGUGACCCAGGAGGGUGGCAAGAUGCUGGCGUUCGGCUGGAAGUGGGUGACGUGGCAGCAGACACUUGACAUGCUUCACACUAGGACCAUCCCGCCGCCCUGCGCAGGAGCUGCAGGGGAGGCUGGCAGACAAGACCGCCAAGUGCACCCAGCUCCUGGAGCGAGUGAUGGACGCCAUCGGGCGGCUAAAGGACAAGUCGGCCAGCGGGGACGCCCAGGUGGAGGAGUUGCAUAG